GGAACUGGAGAGCAGAGGUGGCGUGGCCAAUCCCACCACCCAGCAUCAUUAACAUAGUGAUUCCUUUUUAACACAACCAAUAAAUGUUUUAACGGAGUCCCUUCUUUUGUCAUCAUUACAACUAUUUCGCUGGUAUAAAUAGUGCUUAGUGUGCAAUAUGUAAUAUAUACGGUGCUGAGACGUAACGGAGACUGAGAGGAACCUCCCGUCGCGUUCAGAAUCUUCAGCAAAAAGGAGUCCUGCCUGCAAAAUACAUCUGGCCCCUCACAGAGCCCUGACCUCAACAUCAUCAGUCAGUCUGGGACCACAUGAAGAGACGGACAACACUGAGACAGCGGUCCACAGAAGAACACAGCUUUCUACCGGUGCACCUUCCACAGCAGUGACUGUCCACCAUGUUGUCCAGGUUGAGGACAACCUGGUCCCUGAGGCCCUGUGUCUCUGUGUGCAGGUGGGCACACACCAAAGAGAAGGGCAAGCCCCUCAUGCUCAACCCUCGUACCAACAAAGGCAUGGCCUUCUCUCUACAGGAGCGACAGAUGUUGGGGAUACACGGUCUGUUGCCUCCCAAAGUGGAGAGUCAAGACGUUCAAGCCAUGCGUUUCCAGAAGAACCUCAAGAAAAUUAAUGAUCCCCUCGAGAAGUACGUCUACUUGAUGGGCAUCCAGGAGAGAAAUGAGAGGCUUUUCUAUAGGGUGUUGAUGGAAGACAUUGAUGAGUUGAUGCCAAUAGUCUACACUCCCACUGUAGGCCUGGCCUGCACACAGUAUGGACACAUCUUUAGAAGACCCAAAGGCUUGUUCAUCUCCAUCCUGGACAAAGGACACAUCCGCUCCAUCCUGGACAACUGGCCAGAGACUAAUGUCGCAGCAGUAGUAGUAACUGAUGGAGAGCGUAUUUUAGGAUUAGGGGACCUGGGCGUUUAUGGAAUGGGCAUCCCUGUGGGAAAACUUUGCCUGUACACUGCCUGUGCUGGCAUUAGACCUGAGAGAUGUCUGCCUGUGACGAUAGAUGUUGGCACAAACAAUGAGACUCUCCUUAAAGACCCACUGUACAUGGGCCUGUACCAGAAGCGAGACCGCUCCCAGGCCUACGACGAUCUGAUUGACGAGUUCAUGGAAGCCGUGGUGGACAAAUAUGGACAGGACACGCUGAUCCAAUUUGAGGACUUUGGGAACCACAACGCCUUUCGCUUCCUGAGGAAGUACAGGGAGAAAUACUGCACCUUCAACGACGAUAUCCAAGGCACUGCGUCUGUCGCCCUUGCUGGUCUGUUAGGAGCUCAGAGAGUUGUUGGCAAACCCAUCACUGAACACCGGGUGCUUUUCUUGGGAGCUGGAGAGGCAGCCCUUGGAAUUGCCAAUCUGAUUGUGAUGGCCAUGAUGGAGAUGGGGAUGUCGCAAGCUGAGGCCAGAAAAAAGAUCUGGAUGUUUGACAAAGAUGGCCUACUAGUAAAGGACAGACUACAGGAAACGGACAGCAAUCAGGAGGCAUUUGUUCACGACAGUCCCGGAGAUGUACAGAGCUUCCUAGAUGCUGUCAACACCAUUAAACCCACAGCUAUCAUUGGUGUGGCAGGAGCCGGGCGUCUGUUCACCCAUGAUGUCAUCAAGACCAUGGGAACCCUGAACGAGCGACCAAUCAUCUUUGCCCUGAGUAACCCAACCACUAAAGCAGAGUGCACAGCAGAGGAUGCCUACACACUCACUGAUGGUAGAUGUCUUUUUGCCAGUGGCAGUCCUUUUGGGCCAGUCACUCUGAGUGAUGGCCGCGUCUUCACUCCUGGACAAGGCAACAAUGCUUACAUCUUCCCAGGUGUGGCCCUGGCUGUGAUCCUGAGUGGAGUUAGACACAUCAGUGACACCGUUUUCUUGGAGGCGGCCAAGACCCUUGCGGAGCAGCUAACGGAUAAAGAGCUGGAAGAAGGCAGACUGUAUCCUCCUCUUGCCAACAUCAGAGAGGUUUCUGUCCAGAUGGCUGUCAAGGUGACGGAGUAUGUCUAUGCUAAAGGCAUGGCGUUCCGCUACCCUGAGCCUGUGGACAAGGACAGCUUUGUACGCGCCACUGUCUGGAACACCAACUACGACUCCUUCCUGCCAGACACCUAUGACUGGCCAGCUGUCAGCUUCAGCCCCAAGACCGACUAGAAACAGAACAAACCCUCGUUGCUCCCCAUGUCCUUAUGUCACCCUCUUUCUUUGGCUUCCAUUUAAUUCUUAAUCACAGAUCUUCUGAGAGGAUCAUAGUUACAUUAGUGCAAAUGAAAAAAAGCAGUAGGAACCUCUUAUUGCUUCCACGUCACUGCAAUUGCACUAACUCAGUCUUAUUAGAUCUGCGAAAAGGUAGGUGGAAGGUGCUGCUUGGAAAGACGGGGACAUUUGUAUGGGAUUAGCUUUUCUCUCUUCACAAUAUAAUUUUAUUUAAAAUCUUCUCUGCAUCACAUGUAAACCUCCACAGAUCUGCAGCACCACCUGUUGGGGGAAAAAAGCAGUGUGGAUAUCAGUUUUCAUUGUUGAAACCUUGAGAUAAGUAAAAAUACCCAUAGAAAUUCUUCCAAAACACAAACACUAGGCAAAACAUACAAGAUAGUGGAAAUGACUUGCCAUGAUUUGUCAUGUUUGUGUCAAUGUACAAUGUCUGUGUAGUCACAAAUUACCUUAGAAUAAGUUUCCCUUUUGUUAAGAAAUGCCAGUUAUCUUUCUUAUUUGAAGAGGUCUUUCACUCCAUAGUUAUUUAUUUUAGUUGUGAACACUCCUAAUGCAGAACGUUUAGCCUUUGGUUAACACUGAAAAACUCCAUUCUUUAUUUUUAGUCCACUCACUGCUGUUCUGAUUAAAAGUGGCUACCUAGAGAUAGGCAAACUUGAUGCACAAGUUUUAACAUGGAGAAUGGGUUUCUACAUUUUUUUACAUCAAGUAGGCCUCUGGUAGCAUAGCUGAACAAACGUUACCUGGUGUAAAACAUACUGUUAAAGACUUUUUCAAAAACAUUCAAGGAAUCUUGCAACUAGACAACACAUCCAGUGUCCACUCCGGCAUUUUCUUUUUAUUUUAUUGUUCACGUGUUAUUUCGUAGUACUUAUUUUAUUUUGGUGGGUUGUCUCCAGAUGUUUUGCAAAGUCAUUUACACGCUUUUGCAUAAGUGUGACAUACAAAUGAAUAUAAUCUGUGUGCAGGAUCAAAUAAUUGGAUAACAUUAUUUUCUACUUCAUUUAAUUUACUGUACAUGCACUUUAGCAUAAUCUGAGACCGUCCGCUGGAAGUGUAUUUAUAAAGCUGUGGUAAAUGUGUCUGUUAGCAGGUUGGUGUGUGGGUUUCGCUCCAUGGAGCAUGUUCAACAUGUAAACACACCUCUGUUCUCUGUAGUGAUCUACCAUGAUGUAAAAGAAGUUGUAACGGUCAUAUUAUUAUUAUAAUUAUUUUUUUUUACACAGAGGUUCAGCUUAGCUCACUUAAUGUAUCUGUUUUUGAUACAUUUAUAGAUGGAAAAUCUUGCUUGCUUAUCAGUUCAUUUACACUGUGAGCUACUAAAAAAUCAUAUUAUUGGCAUAAUAAUAUGAAAAAGGUCACAUACAUCUGGACCUUUUGACCUGGUUUUCAUUCUCACUACCUUAUGAAGAAAGUAGUUUCUGCACAUGUCCUCAAAAAGAUCCUUCGUUAUGACUGCUGUACAGGUUUUGAUGCUACUGGGUAGUGGUGCCUAAAAGAUACUAGAUUGUUACUGGCAAUAUUUAUUUUUUGAUGAAGAAACAGAGUAAUGCUAACAAGUCAGCUUUAACUAUCUUGUGAUCAAAAAAGAAGCAGCUUUCUAUUAAAGCAACAGUUACAUAUUUCAUUUAUACUAUAUUCAUUUGUCUAUUUCAGCUUAACACACUUCUCAUGGGCAUUAGCAGUGUCUACAUUUAGUGUUAAACUUGGUGGAUAUGGUUUCAGACCUUCCUGCACUUAAGUGCCUGCACAGUGUCCAGUGUCUGUUCAGUCGCUCCAAGUUCCACAGUGUAGACAUUGCAACAUGCCGCAGGCUGAGAAACAAUUUUUGUUGUAUUCAACGUGCAGCUUCUGGUUGAGAAGACUUAACAUAUUGUUGAAGGCAAAGUUUUCUUCGCUCACUCAUAGGAUAUGGAUGGUUUUAUUUGAUAAAACAAUAUGUAGGAAAUGUUAACACAUGUCUGUUCAGUUGUUGUUAUUGGAUGUAAUUGUUCAUUGUAAUUGUUGUAAUGCGGCAUCCUCGGUGAUCCUGAAGUUUAUUUUUGUCAUAUUACUUGAGCAUUUGUAUGCAGAGAGCAGCAUGUUCAGUGACGUUAAAGUGCAGAAUAAAACUUAUUUUACACUGA